AUGACGACGCUCGCCAGGCUUCCGAUCUCUCGCGCGCUCGCGUUCCUCUUCCUCGCGCUCGCCGCGUUCGUCGCGUCCGCGUCCGCGCAGAGCGCGACCAUCUUGCGCGACUCCGACGCGCUCGCGGAGACGCUCGACCCGUCCGCGAACGACGACGCCGAUCUCGGGCUCCACGGUCGCGCGCUCCUCGGGCGCAAGAACAAAGGCGGCAACGGCAUGGGCAAGGGCUACAGCAAGAGCAAGGGCAUGGGCAAGGGCUACAGCAAGGGCUACAGCAAGAGCAAGGGCAUGGGCAAGGGCUACAGCAAGGGCUACAGCAAGGGCUACAGCAAGGGCAUGGGCAAGGGCUACAGCAAGGGCUACAGCAAGAGUAAGGGCAUGGGCAAGGGCUACAGCAAGGGCUACAGCAAGAGCAAGGGCAUGGGCAAGGGCUACAGCAAGGGCUACAGCAAGAGCAAGUGGGGUUAA